AUGGAGAUCCCUGCCCUCACGGUGCUGAUAACUCAGUCCGCGGUCCCUCCCUCUUUUCUCAUCCCCUCCCUCUUCCUGCACUGGGUAACCCAGCGCUGGCUGGCGGGGGAGAUUGGGAGACACCUCGCCCAGCACCCACCCUGCCCGAGCCUCCUGCACAACCUGCUUCUGGGCAUGCGCACUGAGGGCCGGGAGAGAUGCCUGGUGGGCAGCAGGGGCCGGGUGGCAGCCGAGAGAAGGGGAAGUCGCUGCAAGGACAGGAAGCAGACGCUGUUGGCAUUGCUGGUCCUGGUGCUCUAUGUGGGCACAGGAAUAUCAGGAAGAAGUUGGGAGGUGUCAGAAAGGAUCAGAGAAUGUAACUACCCCCAGAAUCCUGUGACUUCCCAGGUGUUUGAAUACCAGACCAGCGACUCCCCAGAAGAGCCGAUCAAGGUCAUGAGGACCUGGUUGAAAGAGAACUUGCAUGUUUUCUUGGAGAAGCUGGAGAAAGAGGUGCAAGAGCUGGAGCGGCUGGUACGGGACCUGGAGGAAUGGCUGGAUGCCCUCCUGGGAGAGGGGCACCCGGAGGACCUCUGCUCCACCGUCACAAAUCACGUGUGA